AUGGACACUGACCUACUAGCAGUCUUGGCGAACUCCUUCUCUUGCAAUUCGUCCCUGCCAAGUAUAUCUUAUGAUAAUGAUCUUCCCGUAGUGUACAACUCAUCUAGUGACCACGUCUCUCAGUCUGAACACCAACUGUUAGAGCUGUCUUCCACGUCGACACUACCGUACCAAGCUUUGCUUCAGGACCACGAGCCAGAUUCUGACCGUCACACGUGGAAAGGUGCAUCGGAAGACAGCCCGCUUGCUUCUCUCAGCUUCAGUCGCUCUUGUGAAACGUUCCAGGUCGACUCUCCUGAGAAAUUCAGAAUAGACUCGUCUACAAGUGAGAAAGACGCAUGGCAAAAUCGUAAAUCUAGACGGCAACGUUUAGAAACAUCCACCACCACCCCGACAGUAAUAAAGAGGAGACGCUUGGCGGCCAACGCUCGAGAGAGGCGACGGAUGCACAGCCUCAACGAAGCCUUCGACCGUCUUCGGAAUGUAGUGCCUUCGAUUGGUGAGGAUCGGAAACUGUCUAAGUACGAAACACUGCAGAUGGCUCAGAGUUAUAUUACGGCAUUAUGUGAACUUCUGGAGAGGGAUUAG